AUGGCUAUAGAAUUUACCCAAGACCAACUAGACGAGAUCUACGCCUUUGCAAUCGAUCUCGGUCGUAAGGCCGGCGACCUUCUCCUCGAGCGCAUCGACAAGCAGAUCUCAAGCGAUGGCGAGACCGCAUACGCAUACACAGAGAAGGACAACGCGGUUGAUAUUGUCACGCAAACUGACGAGGACGUGGAAACCUUCGUCAGAACAGCCAUUCAAACCAGAUACCCCGAGCACAAAUUCCUCGGCGAAGAAACCUACGCACAGGGUCAAUCCCGCUCGUAUCUAAUCGACGCACAUCCAACAUGGUGCAUCGAUCCUCUAGACGGAACCGUCAACUUCACCCACCUCUUCCCCAUGUUCUGCGUCUCGAUUGGGUUUAUUGUGGCUCAUCGCCCAGUCAUCGGUGUCAUCUACGCACCCGCCACGAACCAGCUCUUCUCCUCCUGUGUCAACCGCGGCGCCUGGUUAAAUGACCCCCGCGGCUCGCGCCGUCUGCCGCUACGCCGUAACCCCAUCCCCCCGAUGCCGGCCUCUGCGCCGAGGGGGUGUAUUUUUGCGUGUGAGUGGGGUAAGGAUAGGCGAGAUAUCCCUGGGGGAAACCUGUCGCGCAAGGUUGAGAGUUUUGUGAAUAUGGCUGCUGAUAGUGGGGGGAUGGUGCAUGGAGUAAGGAGUCUGGGAAGUGCGGCGUUGGAUCUGGCGUAUACGGCUAUGGGGGCGGUGGAUAUUUGGUGGGAGGGGGGUUGUUGGGAGUGGGAUGUAGCUGCUGGUAUUGCGAUUCUGCGUGAAGCCGGGGGGCUGGCCACGACGGCGAAUCCGCCUGCGAACCCCGAGACGGAUUUGAUAGAGGAGGCGCGAUUGGGGAGUCGGCUGUAUCUGGCUAUUCGGCCGGCUGGGCCGUCCGAAACCGAGACGGGGAGACAGACGCAGGAGAGGACAGUGAGGGAGGUGUGGAAGCGAGUGAGGGAGUUGGAUUAUAUGCGACCUGGUGCAUAG